GUCGCAACAGUUUUUGAAUCUAUCUGCAUCUGCAAUUUUAUGUAAAUAAUUGCGUCGAUAGGGCGAGAUUCUUCAAAAUGUGAUCAAGAACCGUUGUUUCAUUGGAAAAAGUGUGAUUUUGUUGUUCGAUGAAUAGCGAUUGAUGAGAUUCUAAAUCGCGUGACGGGUCGGGCUGCGACAUUUAGGUCGGUGGCUGCUGAUUGUGUUAAAGAUUGCCAGUGACUUUUCUGUGAUUCCAGAACGCAAUGGGACGUUACUCUCAUGAACCGGAAAACGCGACCAAGUCGUGCAGAGCACGCGGUUCAAAUUUGCGAGUGCAUUUCAAGAAUACUCAUGAAACAGCACGUGCAAUUAAAAACAUGCCUCUGCGAAGAGCGCAGAAAUAUUUAAAAAAUGUGAUUGAACACAAGGAGUGCGUACCAUUCCGUAGAUUCAAUGGUGGUGUUGGCAGAUGUACUCAAGCCAAACAAUUCGGCACUACACAAGGUCGUUGGCCCAAGAAGUCGGCCGAAUUUUUACUCCAGCUUUUGAAAAAUGCAGAAAGUAACGCCGAUGUUAGUGGACUAGAAAUUGAUAGACUCGUGAUUAAUCACAUUCAAGUGAAUCAUGCUCCUUGUUUACGAAGAAGAACGUACAGAGCCCAUGGUCGCAUCAACCCGUAUAUGAGCUCUCCAUGCCACAUCGAAGUAAUUUUGACAGAAAAGGAACCAUUUGUUGUGAAAAGUCUAGAAGAAGAGGAGCCUUCCAAGAAGAAACCUAGCAAGAAGAAGCUUGCCAGGCAAAAGGAAAAGAUGAUGAGAGAAUAAGUUUAUCUACUAAUUGGAUAUUGAAUGUAUUGUGGAAAAUGAAGAUUGCACUGUUCACUAA